UCACCGGACUGAAGGUCAGGACAGCCACUCACUAUUCAUCCAGCCAUGGCAGCAGAGCAGCGCUACGUGAUCAGCGCCCGCAUUAUCGGAGGAGUGCACCGGGACGCACCGAAACUCAAGAUGUUCAUGGUGUCUGUGCUGUGGUCUGAUGAGGCUGAAGUGAUCAUCUACAGGUCCUUCCAAGAUUUCAAGAAGUUUCAUGGGCAGCUGAAGAAGAGGUUCCCUCACAUGAAUCCUUUUCGCAAAAAUGAAAGAGUGAUUCCUAAGUUCAGAGGUAAGGCCAGGAGGAGCAGCAUGCAGCAGAAAGGCUCCAAGAAGUCUGUGAGGCGGAUGAAGUUCCUGGAGAGCUACUGCGACCAGCUGCUGAAGUGCGACCAAACCGUGACCCGGAGCGCCGAGGUCAUGCGCUUCUUCACGCCCAAAGACCACGACCUGCAGCCGGACUUCACCAAGAACAGCGUCAUGAUCCUGAUGUCCGAAGAUGGUUCAGGCGGCGGCGGAGGAGGUGGAGGUGUUUCCCACCUGCAGACAGGCAACGUCACUCACCCAUUCGUCACCCAGACGUACCGCUGUGUGGCCGCUUACGAGACCAAAGACACCAAGAACCGGGCGUUCAAGGUGGCCGUGGACGAGAAGCUGGACGUCCUGAUCAAAGACCCCGCAGGUUGGUGGCUGGUGGAGAAUGAAGACAAGCGCCUGGCUUGGUUUCCUGCUCCCUACCUGGAGUUACUGGAAGGAGAGGAUGAUGAUGAUGACGAAGCGGGGUUGCCGUCAGGAGCUGCUCUGUACUGCGCCGUCAAGAGUUACUCGACCACGAAGGCUGACGAGGUGUCUGUGUCCAUCGGCUCUGUGGUGGAGGUGCUGAGGAAGUCUGACAACGGCUGGUGGCUCAUCAGAGUCAACAAUAGGGCAGGUUACAUCCCCUCCAUGUACCUGCAGCCCUACAACAACCCACGUGCAGGCCUUCACAGUCUGAACAGGAAGCUGCACAGCUCCUCACUCAACCUGGCACCCAGCCGGGAUCCUCAGACCCCUCAUCCAGCCCGCAUCAGUGAAGAAUACAGCCCUCAGGAGGAUCGUGCAGGUCCAUCCAGACCCGAGCUCAUCCUCCCCGGCCGCCUCCACAAGGCCCAGUCCCUGGAUGUUCUUUCUGAUUCCUGGGUGCAGACACAAACAAAGAGGGACACCUCGACCCCGGAGACCCGCGAGCGCAGCAUGAGCAACGCCAGCAUCGAGUCCAGCUUCUCCGACUUCUCAAGCCAAGAUUCGUCCUCGAGCCUGAAAGAGGAGAACCAGAGCGGCUCAGAGCGUCCCACCACCUCCCAGCAGGCUGAUGCCAGCGACAGCUCACGCAGCAGCCCCGACCUCAGCCGCAGCUCCAGCACCAGCUCAGACAGCGAGACGGCCGCGGUCACUCCCAGGGUGCCGCCUCGACCCAAGACCCAGGAGAUCCUGAACCGCUGCACCACCAUGACCCGCAAAGCAGCCAUGGCCACCAAGACCCGGCUCCAGAUUCAACCAGACACCAUCCACAGCCGCCUGUAAACCCAACGGACCAGGACUACACACUACGUAUCCUGGACUAUUCUUAAUCAAUUCUUUUUAUUCAUUUUAUGCACAUGAUAUAAUAUUUUUAACCUCUUCAACACCACAGUCAAAUGUGUUUUGUGCAGCAUUUAGCAACCUGAACAGGACAAAUAUUAUUUGAAUUCCAUGAAAUUUCCAUUUCAUCAAAUGGAAUAUGGCAUCUUAAGUUUGAAUAUUUCACUCACUAUAAGAAAAAUGUAGCUUCAGUGAAGCAUUAAAGGGAGCAAGUGCAAAGAAAUGUAUGUGACAUGCAGUCACACAGAGGUACAAAGAAAUAUUAUUUAAAGAUUUGCACUUGCAAGAAAAUUUAAAUAGAUUGUUGGAGUUGAAGAGGUUAGAAUUUGACACUUUACAUAUUUAGUAUUUCCCUGUUUCAUAUUUAACAUAGAAAUUAGUGGAGGGCUACAACUUAUGAACUGUUUUAUAAAAGAUGUUUUUUUUGCUUCAUCAUUCAAGCUGUAUUUAAAUAUAUAUAUCACAAAUGUAAAUAGUUUCUCCGAAUGCAAAUGAAGUUAUGAAAAAGGUUGUGAAGAUGCAACGAAAAACACUGAAUGCCAACAUGAAGACCUUUUGAUCGACCGCCAAAAUCAGGGCACUGAAACGUGACGAGCUCGUUAAACAAGCUGUCAGCAAACUGAAACAGAUGACUUACGAGCAUCCUGCCAAAACAUGUUCUUCUUCUCUAAUAACAUUCUUUUUUCCUUUGACUUUUUGUAUGAAUGUGUUGUUAUGUACAUCAUAUGUUCAUCCUAACCUGUAUGAGUUCACAGUGUACCUUUACGAGAUCUUAAAAAUCAAUAAAAGGCUAUUUAACGAAA